AUGGCGCUUUGUCGCUUUCUUUUGCAAGAACGUAAAUUGAGCAAGGAUUCGGAAUUAAGACAUCAAUAUGUCGAGUUCUUAGAAGAUUAUCAGCGUUUAGGACACAUGGAGGAAAUAACAAAUGCGUGUGACUUCUGUCAACAACCAGUAAAUAAUUCGGGAAUUACCUCGUCGUGUCAGUGCGUUAUAAGUGAUGGAUUUGAAAAAACGAUAUUUUCCAUCAAUCGUAUGAUUCCAGGUCCAAGUAUCCAAGUUUGCAGAAAUGACCGUCUUAUCAUUGACUUACAAAACGAAGCCGAAGGUCUUGAAGCAACUAUACAUUGGCAUGGAAUCUUUCAAUAUGGAUCUCAAUAUUAUGAUGGUGUACCAUAUCUGACACAAUGUCCAAUUUUGUCAGCUAAUACUUUCAGGUACCAAUUUAUAGCAAACAAUUCAGGUACACAUUUCUAUCAUUCACAUAUAUCGGUGCAUAUGAUAGAUGGACAGUAUGGAUCCCUCAUUGUACGUGAUCCGCCACAAUUGAAUCCUUCUAAUAAUUUGUAUAAUAUGGAUCGUCUGGAACACGUAAUUGUUAUUAGCGACUUGUUUCAUGAAUUAUCGUUAGAACGUUUUCCUGGUCGAUAUAGAAGAAAUCGUGGACAAAUUCCGGAAAAUUUCUUAAUCAAUGGCAGAGGAAAUUGGACGACUAUAGUUUACGAUAGAGAUUGGUGGUGA